ACUGGCUCUGCUCGGCUACCUCGGCGCAUCGAUUGCUCUUCCUGGCUGCCGGGAGGUGACUAGUGCUGUCUGUCGCUAGGCUGCAGUUCAGGUGCCGGGGCCUGUGAAGCGGUUCCUGACUCUCCCGGUGGUUGCCGUGCUUUUGGUCACCAUGGCCACGGGAAAACUCUCCAAGAACCUCCUGCGGAUGAAGUUUAUGCAAAGGAGCCUUGACCCAGAAACCAAGAAACAGUUAGAAGAGGAAGAGAAGAAGAUCAUCAGCGAUGAACACUGGUUCCUCGACCUGCCUGAGCUGAAGGAGAAAGAGAGUUUCAUUAUCGAAGAGCGAAGCUUCCUCCCAUGCGAAGACUUCCUGUACGGCAGAAUGUCCUUCAAAGGGUUUAAUCCGGAGAUUGAGAAGCUUAUGGUCCAGAUGAACUCCAAGACAAAUGCCGAAGAGGAGGUCCUCGAGGACGGAAGAAUGGAUGUGGAUGUGACAGACGAAGAAAUGGCCCUCCGAUAUGGGUCUUUAGUGACCAGCAUCAAACAGAAAUUUACAAAGAAGAGAGAUCGUAAAGUCAUCCAAGAAGAAGAAGAAGAUGAAAAUAGUAAUAUUAAGAGCAGCAAAGUGAAAAAAGGCUUUCUAAAGCCUAAGGACUGAGCGGCUGCAGAACACCGAGUGUGUAAAUCUGAGGAAUGGACAGCUUCGUUUUAAUUAUUUUACUUCCUUUUUUUUAAAUGUAAAGCUGUAAAUAUAACGGACCGUAUAUUGACCUUCUAUACCUUGAGUCAUUGGAGCUUCAUGGCUUAGAGGGGGGGGAGGGGUGUUUCUACAGACAGCGCCACUCUUCUCCUUAGGGUUGUUUCUGGUAUUACACCUCCUAUU